AUGGAGCAGGGGGUGGGGGCCGCCAAGGAAGAGCCCAAGAGGAGAGCAGCGCGGUUGUCAGCUAAACCUCCUGCAAAAGUGGAAGCAAAGCCGAAAAAGGCAGCAGCGAAGGAUAAAUCUUCAGACAAAAAAGUGCAGACAAAAGGGAAAAGGGCAGCAAAGGGAAAACAGGCCGAAGUGGCUAACCAAGAAACUAAAGAAGAUUUACCUGCAGAAAACAGGGAAACGAAAACUGAGGAGAGUCCGGCCUCUAAUGAAGCAGGAGAGAAAGAAGCCAAGUCUGAUUAA